GUGUGGGUAAAAAACCCAACACCUCCCUCACCAGAAGAAGAAGGAAGUCCAGAUCAGAAGGGCAUUCCGGUCAUUGUCUCAUCUCCAUGUUCCCCUCCGGCGCCGGCGACGUGUUCAGGUCAUCAGGCGGUGGGGUAUGGUGGGCGGCGCCGUCGGAAGUGGCCGUCGGCGUGACGGUCUUGGCCGGACUGGCUCUGGUGAUGGCCCUGUUCUGCACUACCUCUAGGUAAAAACCCCCCAAAAUUUCAAAGCUUGCUUUUUGAGAAAAACCCUAGAAGAAGAAGAAGCAGUGACAUUUGAUCUGUGAAACCCUAGAUUUCAAAGCUUAAAUUUCAAAGCUUUAAGGAGAAACCCUAGAUUAUGAGAGCUCUAAGACGAAGUCAGACUUCGUUGCCUUCGAAUUCUUCAUCUCCUUCUUCGUCAUCUUCGUCGUCGUCGUCGUCGUAUUCGUGGGUUCAGUUGCGUUCGGUUCUGUUAGUAGUAACCUCUUCCUCACCGGCUCAUUGUUCUUCUUCCUCGGAUCGGGCUCGUCUUAAGUCACCCUGGUCCCGCCGGAAAAGAAAGCAUGCUCUUUCACUUAACCAAUGGAGACAUUUCUUUACACCAGAUGGAAGGCUUCGCGAUGGUGGAGUUAAAUUGGUGAAAAAAGUUCGCAGUGGGGGUGUUGAUCCAAGUAUUAGGGCGGAGGUCUGGCCAUUUCUCCUUGGAGUCUAUGAUUUGAACAGUUCGAAAGAAGAAAGGGAUAUAGUCAAAUCUCAGAAAAGAAAGGAAUAUGAGAAACUACGCAGACAGUGCCGUCGGGUUAUAAAGUGCAUCAAUGGGAGCUCUAAGUUAAAUGGGGACAGUUGCCCUGAGAUGGAUUCUCCUAGCUCCGAGGACGUGGUUAGUGCCAGGGAGUCCCUUUCUAGUGAAGAAAGAAUUGCAGAUUCUGAAUACUCAGAUGACCCGUCCACUUUAUUGUUGGAUGGAGAUGAGACUUCAAGACGAAACAUGAAUGCUGAUUCCAAAGCACUCAACUCAGACUCAUCCGACUCAGACUCUUCUGUAGAAUCUGAGGUGAUUCAGUCUCGCCCCUCGUGUGAAGGAAACGAAAAGAGUGAUCCUGACAUGACUACCAAGGAUGAUGUAUCUCCCUUGAGGACAAAAAUCCAAUCAACGCUAACCAGUGAGGAUUUUAGCACAUGGAAGCGGAUCAUACGCCUUGAUGCAGUACGAACUAAUGCUGAUUGGAUUCCGUACUCCCCAACUCAAGCUGAAGUAUCGAAUGAUAGGGCACGGCGGUCUGCUGAGGCUGUUGGGUUGAAGGAUUAUGAUCACUUGGAGCCUUGUAGAGUUUUCCAUGCUGCUAGACUGGUUGCUAUUCUUGAAGCAUAUGCACUGUAUGACCCAGAAAUUGGUUACUGCCAGGGUAUGAGUGAUCUACUUUCUCCUAUAGCUGCUGUAAUGACAGAGGAUCACGAGGCUUUUUGGUGUUUUGUGGGUUUCAUGAAGAAGGCUCGACAUAAUUUUAGGCUUGACGAGCUAGGGAUCCGAAGGCAGUUGCAUAUAGUUUCUAAGAUUAUCAGAUGCAAAGACUCCCAUCUUUACAGGCACUUGGAGAAGCUCCAGGCUGAGGAUUGCUUUUUCGUCUAUAGGAUGGUGGUUGUGCUGUUCAGGAGGGAGUUGACAUUUGAUCAGACAAUAUGUCUGUGGGAGGUAAUGUGGGCAGAUCAAGCAGCUGUUAGGGCUGGGAUUGGAAAAUCUGCAUGGAGCAGAAUCAGGCAACGAGCCCCACCAACGGAAGAUUUAUUACUUUAUGCAAUCGCAGCUUCAGUAUUGCAGAAAAGGAAGUUGAUAAUAGAGAAGUAUAGCAGCAUGGAUGAAAUCAUUAGGGAGUGUAAUAGCAUGUCUGGGCAACUUGAUAUAUGGAAGCUCCUGGAUGAUGCACAUGACUUGGUGGUAAACCUCCAUGACAAGAUAGAGACAUCCAUCUCUGCGCCAUCUCUUAGCUAAGUUCAUACUUACAUUGUUAGGUUUCAUUUUGAAAGUGGGUUCAAUCGGUACUCCGAACUCUUUUUCUUUUCUUCUUUCCUUUUCUUUUACGCAAGCACCCACAAGCUUAAUCGAGUCAG